AAAAAAUGGAGCUGUAAUUCACAUACCAUAGCUCACACUUUUUUUAAGAUUUAUUUUUAUUUAGUUUUAUUUUAUUUAUUAAAAUUUAUUUAAGUGUUUUUCUUUGAGAGAGAGAGUGCUAGGAAGAGGCAGAGAGAGGGAGGGAGAAUCCCAAGCAGGCACCAUGCCACUGGCAGGGAGCCCAACUGGGAGUACCAGCGGGAUUAGGGGUGCAAACCCAUGAACCCACAAACGGUGAGAUCAUGACCUGAGCCCCAACCAAGAGUUAGAUGCUUAAUGGACUGAGCCACCCAUGCUCCUGGGGCUCACACUUUUAAGAGUAAAACUCAGUGCUCUGUUUUUUGUAUGGUCACAGAGCUGUGCCACAUCAGUGUACUAUGUGCAGAAGGGAAAUAGAGCCUUUUACAUUCCACGUUCACAGGAACUGACUACAAACUGCGGUGAUUUUCCUUGCAGAAUAUAACGCACACCUGAGUACUAUAACAUGUCACACCUGUGGCUGUGUCCUGCUGGGGCCCAGGGGUCCCAUGUCCCACGGAGGCUGAGAGCACGGGCAUGUUUGGUUGACCUGGGGGCAGAGAAGUGGGAGCGGGGCCUUGCGGUGUCAAGAGUCAGGUCAAAACGCUGGGAGACCUUAUCUUCUGUUCCGUGACAUCACUGGUCAUUGAACUGUUCUUAAACAUGGGACAGGGGCACCGUCACCUCGCCCGCGUGUCCACCGCAGACACAACCGUCACCAGGCCCUUCUGCUCUGUCUCGUUCCGAUCCGGCGCGGGACAAGGGAGGCUCCGCGGAGAAACCGGGUCAGAUUCCCGGGACAAAGGAAGAGGCAGGCGGGUCAGCCGGCCGGGAGGGCGUUCGGCCGGAGCCGAUCUUGGGGCGGGCGGAUCAGACACGUGUGUACCGCCGGCCCGUCACUCAGGGCGUAGGAGGCGGGGCCUGGGGGAUCUGCCCAAUCUGGCGCCACAGGGGCGGUGCCGGGACCACCCUCCAAUCAGAACGUGAAGGGCCUCAGGCUGCCCUAUCACAGUGCGGCAGUGCGGUGUCUCGGAGAAUUGUCCAAUCGAGGUGGUGGGGAGUUAUCUUCGGAACAGCGUCCAAUCAGAUCGCAUUGCCUGAAGCAACGCCCAAUCCGUGCUUGGGGGCGCAUAGCGCGGUGCAUUUAUAUUACCGGGUCCGGAAACACUCCAAUCAGGCCCUGGUGGGUGGGGGAUGGGGUGAUGCCAUCCCGCUCGGUGAGUGUGAGCUCUGAGUCGUGGCUGCUGGUGUGCGCUUGUCCCGCGCUCACCCAGUUUUCCGGUCCGCUAGCUCCUCGGUUGGAGGAGGGGCACGUGAGGGCCGCGGAGUCGCCGGGUCGCGGGAUCAAGAGGAGGACGCCCGGAGAGCUGCGUGUGCGGCCGCGAGAUGGACUCUGUGGUCUUUGUGGAUGUGGCUGUGAACUUCACCCCGGAAGAGUGGGCUUUGCUGGAUAGCAGUCAGAGGAACCUCUACAGAGAUGUGAUGCUGGAGACCUGCAAGAACCUGGCCUCCGUGGAUUAUUGCAUUCGAGUUAAUACCAGUGGAUCAAGUCCUCAGUGGGAUGUUUUGGAGGAUGAACCAUCUCAUGAAGAAAAAAUAGUAAGAUUUGCAAGAAAUGAUUCCUGGUCUGUUUUUGGAGAAAACCAGACAUUUCGUAGCAGAGGAGACUACCUGCAAACCCAGGAAAGGCGUUUGAGAAGUCCUUUCGUGGAGAGUGUCUGUGAACGUAUCGAAGGAGAUCAACGUGGAGGCACCCUGAACCCGAUUACAAGUCUUACCGCGCGCCAGGGGUAUCCCAUCGGAGGCAAACCCUGUCAAUGCGCUAAGUGUAGAGAAGCCCUCACAGGUGGUUUUUUCCUAGGGAAUCUGCGAAGAUUUCACCCAGGACUCAAACCUAGUCCCUGCGAGGAAUGUGGGCUGGCCUGUAGCUGUGUCGCGAGCCUCAGCACUCAGGUGGACGCAGGCCUCGUAGAGAAACCCUAUGAAGGUCAGGACGCCGGGAGAGCAUCGGAGACGUACGCGAAGAGUCUCAGUAGUAAAAUAUCUCUAGAGUGCAAGAAAUGUGGAAAAGCUUUCAUUUGCACGUCUUCCUUUCAGGGUCACGUGCGAGGUUCCUGUGGACAGAGUGUCCAUGCGUGUGGCAUGUGUGGGAAUGCCUUUGUGUUUCACUCCCGUCUUACGUGUCACGUGAGAACUCACGCCGGGGAGAGGCCCAGUGAUUGCAUAGACUAUGGGAAGGUUUACAGCUGCCUCUCUUACGCUCAAGGUCACUCCAGUAAUCAGCCUGGGGAAAGAGUUUUUCAGUGUGGGCUCUGUGGGAAAGCCUUCACUCGUCGGACCUACCUUCAAAGUCACGUGAGAACGCAUACUGGGGGAAAACCCUAUAAAUGUCAGGAGUGUGGAAAAGCCUUCACUCGUCGGGCCUACCUUCAAAGUCAUCUGAAAAAGCACAGUGGAGUGAAGUCUUUCAAGUGCCAGCAGUGUGGAAAAGCCUUCUAUUCGUCCUCGUACCUUCAGAUACAUGCACGGAUACAUACUGGGGAGAGACCCUGCGUGUGUCAGCAUUGUGGGAAAACGUUCAGAUACCCCGCAAACCUGCGAGCUCACGUGAGGACACACACCGGGGAGAGGCCCUACGAAUGUAAGGAGUGUGGAAAAACCUUCAGUCGUGUCUCCUCCUUUCGAAGGCACGGGAAAACCCACAGUUGAGUCAAACAUCUGAGAGUACGGAGUGUCGUUCCUAAUCCGUUCUAUCGUUCUUCAUUCCUUCGACACGGAACAACGCACGCUGGGGAGAGACGCUUGCGAGUAGUGUGGGAAAGCUUUCAGGCAGCUCCAGCAUUUGCAAAGUCAUUUGAGAUACAGUUGCGUGAAACCCUAGGAGAGUAAAGAGUGUGGGAAAGCGUAGCGGGCUUACUCCUUCCUUGGAGGACGCACAGUGGGGAGAGACCCUUGGAAGGUCGGCACUGUGGGAAGACGUUCAGGCGUCACGGCUCCCGUCAAGAACACGCGAGGCUGCACAGUGGACGGUGAGCCGGUGAAUCUAAGGACUCUGGCGGGGCCUUCCAGUGCCCCGUAGACCUGUGGGAGCGUGUGACGACUCACACCGGGCACUGUGGGAGAGCCCCCAGUCGUCCCUCCUCCCACCGAGGACACGUGUGAAGGAAAACACGGCGAAGUGUAGCCUGAGAACGUAGGAACCGUGGAAAAGCCUUCGGGCAUCCCAGGAACCUGUGAGCACGCACACACUGGGGACGAGCCCUGAGCACAGCACCUGUGGCAAAGCCUGCAUUCUCCCCUAAUGGUCAUAUUUAAAACAUGAGCAAACACCACGGAGAGAAAUCUUCUCAAUGGGAAAAGUGUCGGAAAAGCUUGGAAGGAUCGUAGGUCACGUAUUUUGUCCAUGGCAGGUCGGGCCGCCCCGGCAUCUUCUAAUUGUUGUAAAUAUGGAUUUGUCUUUGCAAAUGCCUCUUCCUUACAGGGAUCCCAAGUGCGUUAAUUCCAGCGCAUGCCCAAGAAGCAUCCCACUGUGUCCUUCUCACCUGUAGGGCGUUAUUUUGUUAUCUCAGAUCCGAAAACCGCAUACAGUUAUGGCAAACGUGUCUCCACGACGAUGUCUUCUGGACCCGGGGCCGAUCAGUGGUCUGUACGUGUAGCUCGUCCUCUGGUGCAGAGACUAGAAUUCCCCGACUCCGCCCUGCCCCUCCUUGCGGUCUUUAUUAUUGAAAGUUGUGUCUCCACGUGUGCUGUUGCUGCCGUGUGCCCACCUGUGUUCCCCAUGGACGUUAGUAAACGCGCAAGGAUACUGGAGGAGGACAGUCUCCUCUGAUCGUGUUCAUGGUUUGACCUCCGCUCAUCGCCCUUGAGCUCGGUUGUUCAUCAGUCAUGACCCACUGAGUUACGAAGAGAAACUUUGUUGGGGGUGCCUGGGUGGCUCAGUGGGUUAAGCGCCCCACUCUUGAUUUCGGCUCUCAGGUCAUGAGCUUGCGGUUCGUGGGAUUGAGCCCCGUGUCAGGCUCUGCGCUGACAGCUCUCUCUCUCUCUCUCUCUCAAAGUAAAUACAUAAACUUAAAAAAAAAAAAAAAAGAAGAAGAGAAACCUUGUGGCUUGAAGUGGAAAGGUAGUGUCCGGCUGGUUCUGCUGGGUUUCGUUGUGAGCCUUGUGAGGCGGGAGGCCGUACGUCCCAGAGUCCUCCUCUGUGUGGCUCUGAGAGGAAGGCCCUGAGAAGAGGAGCUGUGUGGGGCUCGGAGAGCAGCAGUGAGGAACCGUGAUUCUCCAUCCUUCCGUGCCGCCAGGGGACAGACGCGUGGGGACCCAGGUGGGCCCGAGUCACGGCGUGUUGUCCUGGCUUCUGGUCUGCCGUCUGGAACAGCCCCCGUGUAAGAAAAGUUUGACAUUAGUUCUUGUUAGCCUGUUCCAGAGACUUCCACGAGCUGUCCCGUGACAGACCGUCUUGGCUUCCCGGUCCCCACGGAUCCUUACGUUGCCCUGUGACUCUUUGUGUCCGUGAGGCCGUCUCUUCAGGCUGUCGUGCUUACCGAGCUCUCUUAUCCUGUGAUCCCUUCAUCUCCAUGCUUUUCUUAAAAAUGUUAAUUUUACUUUUUUUUUUUGAGAGAGAGAGAGAGUGAGCGGUGGAGGGGCAGAGAGAGGGAAACAGAACCCCAAGGGGGCUCCUCACUGUCAGCACAGAGCCCGACUUCACGGCUCGAUCUCACGAACCGUGAAGUCAUGACCUGAAUCGAAAUUGAGAGUUGGACGCUUCACCAACUGAGCCACCCAGACGCCCCUCCAUGCUUUUCCUCAUAUGUGAUUUCUGUGGUGAGCAUCUCAGGGUAGGUCUCUGUCCUGCCUCCCUCAGACCAAAGGCUGUAGCCACAGAUGCAGGAGACCUCUGUCCCCGGUUGCAUUGUAGAGAGGCUGUGCUGACCCUGCCUUUCUUCUUUCUGGAUGUUUCCGUGAUUGGAAUUAGGACCUGUGAGUGUAUUUGGCAGUUUGUGGGAGUUUUCCUCUAUAGCUGGCUGCUGUCUUAAGAGAGAAACCCAGUAUGCUUACUGACUUUUGUUACACGUGAUUUCCCAGUGCUUAAUUCUGUUGUUUUUAAUACGUGGUUCAAAGCACUGUAGUUUUUGUGAAACAAUCCCCCCCAUUAUUUCUUAGGAAGCAUCUUACCUGGGUUUUCCCAUCUUUUACAUCUUUAUAAGUGUUUUCUGAUUCGUUACCCGAGAUUUUAUGUUCAAAUAUGAUCUGCUGGGGAAGUGACUCAUGUUUGCAGUGUGUCAUUUUUUCCAUACAUAUUCAGAAGCAAUAGUACUAAAUACUGUUUAUCUUAAAAGUAAAACUGACCAGUUCCUUCGCCAGGAAAAAUGUUGAUCUGUUCUUAGCAGUUCAGUAGAGGAACGCUUCAGCAAGGGUAUAGACGUGUCUGGAGAACAAAGGAGAGGAAUGCUCUUUUACAGAGGAGAGGGGGGUUUCUAGAAGGGGCUGGUAUAACAGCGCAUUGUCGUGAAGCGGGAGUUCAAGUGGAGUGUAUUUUCAUGGACUGAGCUGUGACGGUCUGCCACUGGCGAGGCCAUUCAUGGCAGAGGAGAAAACCUUUCUUCCUCCUGGUGGGACAGUAAAGCAGUAGCUGAAGGCGUAUCGAAUCCGAGGGUGUCUUUCCUUCUGAGUGUGUAGUUGACAAUCAGCGCUGGGUCAUGAGACCUCCCCAAGAUCGUUCUUCAAAGGCAUUUCUGACCAAGAGACCGGCUUUACGUUGUUAGUGGUUUUGUCCCUCCGUGCUGGGGAGGAUGUGUCUUGGUUCUGUGUCUCACGUUAGAGGGGGAAGGUGCACAGCAGUGGAAACCAGUUAGGCCCCCUCGAAGGAAAGCUGGAGAAACUCUCCAGCACUUCCCACCCCGUCUGUAUUAAGCUGAUAAGCAUCGGAGGGGCGGCCGGCUGGCUCGGUCAGUAGAGCACACAGCUCUUGAUCUCAGGGUUGUGAGUUCAAGCCCCACGUUGGGUGUAGCGAUUACUUAAAAAUAAAAUCUUAAGAGACAGAGAGAGAUGGUAAGUAUGGGGAACCAUCUAAUUAUUAGGUACAUCAUUUUCACAAAAGUUUGACAGGCAACAAUAUAGAAACCUCAGAAUAAAUAUACAAAACUAA